AUGGCGUCAUCAUUAUCAACAAUAACAACGGCUGCAAACAGUAAUAUUGACAAAGAUUAUGUUAUAUCAAGUAUUGAUGAAAUUCCUGAUGAUGUAAUUAAAUAUGCGAAUGAUAGAUUCUAUAAUUUCGUUGAAGAAGUUUCGGGUGAAAAUACAGAAAUUAUAUUAAAAGUUCAAGAAAUUCGUGCUGUUUCAACACUAUUAACAACAACAACAACAGAAGAUAUAAUAAAAGAUUUGUUAAAAUAUGAAGAUGAAGAAAUUGAAUUUGUUAAGCAAAACUGUUUUUACAAAGAUAAUGAUCAAUAUAAAUUGAAAGUUGGAAUUGAACGAGAAAUAAAAUUGAGAAGUGGUGUAUUCAAAACCAAUACAACAUUAAAAAGCGGUGAUGAUUAUACAUUAACGGUACGUGAAAAUGCUGACGGCACAUUUAAAGUAAAACUUAUGUGUAAAUGUCGUACGUGUAUAUUUUUGCCAAUGGAAAAAGAUAGUAGUGAUGAAGGUUUUCAAAUAUCAAGAUUUUAUAAGCAUUUAAUUUUAUUCUACGAUACAAUGAUGAACAAAUGUGAACAGGUCAUAAAACAAAUGAAAUGGAAAUAG